AUGCCAGCAGCUUCGUCAUCAGAUGCUAGACCGGAAGAGGCAGACCCAGAGCCAGAACUUCCCGAGGAUAGACAUCUAGAAGUUGAAACUGAUGAAGAGUUUGUUGGUAGGGAGGAGCAGUUGUUGAGGGAGUCCAUGUCACUUCAGCAUCGGCUUUGUCAUAUGCUGAAGAAUCUAUACUGUGAGACUUGCAGGCGAAGUCGCAUGUACAAACGCCGCACUGUUCGAACUCGUUUGGAUCCGUUGAGUGACCGUGGAGCACUGCCUGAGGUCAAAGGGUAUCAGAUUGCAUUGGCUGUUCCCUUAGAAGAAGUGUAUGUGCCAGAUGGCCCUCCUGUGAUACCUCUCAAAGCUGCAGCUGAUCGUGCAUUGAGUUUGUUUACCGAGCCAUCGCCAGAGGACAUUCAACCCAUUGAGGUCCCAUUCUCUGAGCUUCCAAGAGAUGCUAGGGCAGGCGAAAGGCAUGAGUACAUCACCCUUGAUCGCAUCAUAAAAUACGGUCCGUCUCCAGCUUGUCGUGCAUGUGAAAAUGUGAAGGGCAAGCAUACACCAGCUUGUCGUGCUCGAUUUGAUGGUUUGAUAAAAGCUGACAAAAUUGAUGCAUCAAAAUCCACUGCCAAAGCCAGAAGUAUUGCACCUUCAACACCAGCCCCAGAACUUCCAGCUUCUGAGACACCAGGUCCAGAGUUUGAAUUUGAUGCUCCUGAGGCACCAGUUCAUCCUGAUGAGCUUCCGUUUAGUGCUGGUAUCCCGCCAGAAGAGACGGCCACCGAACAGGCCGAUGCACUGCCAGGAGACCACACUCAUGAAGAUACAAUGGGCAAGAACGCCAAACUGUCAGCCUUUUACGCAAAAGAGCUAGCACAGGUUCUCAUGGAGUGUUGGUAUCCCCAGUUAUGGUACAAGAGCAUCCCGGCAUUAGACGUGAAGCUCGAGAUGAAGCAAGUAUCGAUGGUAAGACUGGAACUCUUAUCCUUGGCAGCGCCGCGAUUGGUGGCGGCCACCUGCACCCCCAGAGCCACCACCGCAGCGCCGGACGCGACAGACAGCGGCGAGGGCGCCGACGUGGAAAUGGCCCGAAUGGCCCGCAGAGCAGCAGGCCUUUGUCAGCUGGGAGUUGAUUUGUCUACGGCGCUCUUUGAUGAUGGACAGACUCUGCUGAUGUUGGCUGCGGAGCAAGGAUGGACUGAGCUGUGCCGCUAUCUCUGUGUGACUUCGUGUCGCAGCUCGUAUCUCGAUGCGCGAGAGGAUCGUGGCAAAGAGUAG